CGGAGCUUAGACGCGCGGACUCCCAGCGAUGUUCCAUUUCUGCGGAUACUAGUGCUUUGCUGGAAGAACUUUAUUUGAACUGCGAACAUUUUCGGUCAACCAUACUGACUCUCCCUUGCCUUGAGUCCAUCCCCACCUCCGGGUCUGUUUAUUGUGGCUUUAAUCCCAGCGCUGCCUCCCUGGGGGGGGCGCACACCCGGAGCCGUCCAACAGACGGGAGGCGGCUGCCAGAGCUGCAAGCGAUCCCGGGUCCGGAGCCCGCUGAUGGGGCCCGGAGCGCACGAGAUGCAGGCUUUUAACAUCACUCCGGAGCAGUUCUCGCUGCUGCUGCAGCUCCACAACCUGACGCGGGAGCAGUUCAUCGCCCGCUACCGGCUGCGGCCGCUGGUCCACACCCCGGAGCUGCCCGCACGCGCCAAGCUGGCCUUCCUGCUGGCCGGAGUGCUCAUCUUCGCCCUGGCACUCUUCGGCAACGCACUGGUCAUCUACGUGGUGACCCGCAGCAAGGCCAUGCGCACGGCCACCAACAUCUUCAUCUGCUCCUUGGCACUCAGCGACCUGCUCAUCGUCUUCUUCUGCAUCCCGGUCACCAUGCUCCAGAAUGUCUCAGACAACUGGCUCGGGGGUGCCUUCAUUUGCAAGAUGGUGCCGUUUGCCCAGUGUACUGCUAUUGUGACAGAAAUCCUCACCAUGACGUGCAUUGCUGUAGAAAGGCACCAGGGACUUGUUAAUCCUUUUAAAAUGAAGUGGCAGUACACCAACCAGAGGGCAUUCACAGUGCUAGGUGUGGUCUGGCUGGUGGCAGUCAUCAUAGGAUCACCCAUGUGGCACGUCCAACGGCUUGAGAUUAAGUAUGACUUCCUAUAUGAAAAAGAACAUAUCUGCUGCUUGGAAGAGUGGACCAGCCCAAUGCACCAGAAAAUCUACACCACCUUCAUCCUUGUCAUCCUCUUCCUCCUCCCUCUGCUGGUGAUGCUUGUCCUUUAUGGUAGAAUCGGUUAUGAACUUUGGAUCAAGAAAAGAGUGGGAGAUGGUUCAGUGCUUCGGACCAUACACGGAAAAGAAAUGUCCAAAAUAGCCAGGAAGAAGAAACGAGCCGUCAUUAUGAUGAUGACAGUGGUGGCUCUCUUUGCUGUGUGCUGGGCACCUUUCCACAUCGUGCAUAUGAUGACAGAAUACAGUAACUUUGAAAAGGAUUAUGAUGAUGUCACAAUCAAGAUGAUUUUUGCCAUAGUGCAAAUAAUUGGAUUUUUCAACUCCAUUUGUAAUCCCAUUGUCUAUGCCUUUAUGAAUGAAAAUUUCAAAAAAAAUUUUCUGUCUGCAGUUUGUUACUGCAUAGUAAAAGAAACCUUCUCUCCAGCAUGGAGGCAUGGAAAUUCAGGAAUUACAAUGUUGCAGAAGAAAGCAAGGUCAUGUGGAGGACAGAACCCUGUAGAGAAGUCCAGAGAAGCAUUCAGUGAUGGCAAUAUUGACAUCAAAUUGUGUGAGCAGCCAGAGAAGAAAUCUCAAGCAACAUCUCAUCCUCUUUAAUUCCGGGUUUUCUGAGAAUCCUGCUAUAGGCAGUGGACCUUGAAUAUAACAAUGUCUUCAUAAUCAAUGCCAUUCACAUUGUAAUAUAAAAAUAUUUGGAGCAAAAUUCUAAGAUGUUUGCUUUUGAAAAUGAUGGCAA